GACACGCACUAUGCUUGAUACAUUUCACAAGCUUCUCAGGUCGAAAGUGAAGACUGUUGCUACUACACUAUUAUGUUUUACUCGGGUGUCCUUAGGGAAAGUAGUGUCAGGAAAGAUGCCGAGUUUAGGGAGAGUGCAUCUCUUCUGCAACAGAGAAAGAUGAAACAGGCUGUGCAGUUUAUGCACAAGGAUUCGGCUGACUUACUUCCGUUAGAUGGGUUGAAAAAGCUGGGGACGUCUAAAGACACUCAACCGCACAAUAUUUUACAAAGGCGCGUAUUGGAGUCAAACUUAACAAAAUUUCGAAAUAACAUUCGUGGAAGCCGGAACCCCAGUAGUGGAAUGCCAGCACAGUGUAAAGAGGGAAAUCAGCUGAAACAAGAAUGCCUGAAAAGAACAGAAGAAGAAGAUAUGAUAUUCGUGUGGUGUAAGUGUGCUGGAAAAGAUUUAAAAGCUCUGAUUGACACUGGUUGCCGUUAUAACAUGAUAUCCACUGCCUGUUUGAGCAGACUGGGACUGAAGGAUCAUGUUAAAACAGAAAAAAAUGAUAUUGGAAAUCUUACACUGCCUCGCAGUUUGAAAGUUGCUGGGUAUAUUGAGCAUGUGACUGUUACGAUAGGGAAGAUACAGGUAGACUGUUCAGCAGUCAUUUUUGAGGAAGAUACCAGAUCAUUCUCCCUUGGACUCCAGACACUGCGAUCCUUGAAGUGUGUCAUAGAUAUGGAAAAACGACAGCUAGUUUUAUGGAAGACAGAAAAAGAAGAAAUUCCAUUUGCUGAUAACCAGUCUACAAUGCAUAAAGAUAAGCUACUGGCAAUCUAAGGAGAGUGAAAGGCAGGGAGAAGACAGCUGCUGACAUGUACAGCAUGUUCCGCUGAUUUAUCUUCGACUUCUUUUAUGAACAGCAGUACGGUGUUAUAUUGCAGCUAACUCCGCCAUCUGGGGUACUUUUGCUGGAUCUGCUAGGCUUGUGAUUUUUGCCUUUGAUAGAAUUAUGCUAUCUUUCAAUAACUAAUUGAUAACUAUGGAAUGUUUUCUUUUUUUUUUCGCAAGACACCUAGGGCUUUUCUAAUAAGGUAUCUUAUUAACACUUACUGUGAUCUGAAUGCCUCUAGAUUUUAAUAUAGUAUCUGGUGAAUAACUGAUUUUUGGGACAAACACUAACUGUACCAUAGCAGACUACAUUUGUAUUAUGUACAUUUAACUUCAAAUUAUAUAGUCUGGAAGUAGGUACUGUAUGUUGUGAAAUGACUGCCAUUAACACUGUUGCUGCAGCAAAUAGCCAAAUAUGUUUUUCAACUGUUAACAGAUGCAUCUUGUUACAGUUAUGACAUUUGCUACUGUAUUUGAAGUUGUUAGUUUAUAACUAUCACAGCUGUAAAAUAGUAUGCUCACUUUCUAAGGGAAUAAUGCACGGUUAUGUGAUCAUAGUUUUUACUUUGUACAGCAUAUUUUGCUAAAACAGCACAUCUUCAUUGGAAGAAUAACUGCUGUCUUUUUUUCUACCAAAUAUAUAUUUGUGUGCUAUGAUGGAUGCAUUAAUUCCUCUUGCACAGUCUGGGUUAAUACUAAAAAGUAAUUUAACUGGAAGUUAAUUUAUGUGAAUUCUAUAUUUUCAUAGUUCUAGAAACAGCAACUUUAAUCAAUAACUUAAAUGUCUUUUAGUUGGGUUACCAGUGAUGUUCCAAAUUUAAUAAACAUCCACUGGGGUGAAACCUCACAAUGUCACUUGCUGCAUCCAAAAAGGAAGAGUGUGUUCGUGGUUGUAGUCUACUGAAACCUUACCAGCGAUAUCCAUUUUAAAAACCAAGGCUGCGUCUUGCAAUGUCAGAUACCUUGCUUCUGUAUCAGCAGGAGGUCUUUACUUUACAGUUUUUGCUUGCAACUGAAGUUAUCUCCAAAUUGACAUUUUAGAAGCAGAAUUUAACGAUUACAGACUAAAAUAAAUUAAUGAGCUGUGAAAGUAA